AUGUCUUUUGGGAGUCCCUUGGGUGUCCCUUCCACAUGUCCUUUGGAGUCCCUUUGGUGUCUCUUCCAUGUCCUAUUGGUGUCUCUUCCCUGUCUUUCGGGUGUCCCUUGGGUGUCCCUUGGAUGUCUCUUCCAUGUCCCUUUGGUGUCUCUUCCAUGUCCCUUGGGUGUCCCUUCCACGUGUCCCUUUGGUGUCCCUUUGGUGCCCUUGGGUAUCCCUCCCGUGCCCCUUGGGUAUCCCUCCCGUGCCCCUUGGGUGUCCCCUGGGCCCCUUGGGCGUUCCUUGGGUGUCCCUUGCAAGGGACACCCAAUUGUGUGUCCCUUCCAUGUCCCUUUGGUGUCUCUUCCAUGUCCUUUUGAUGUCGCUUCCCUGUCUUUUGGGUGUCCCUUGGGUGUCCCUUGA